AUGUCUGGUCGUGGAAAGAAGGUUCAGAAAGCUGCAGCUGGAAAGGCCUCUAAAUCAGCCAAGGCUGGUCUGCAGUUCCCAGUGGGCCGUGUUCACAGACUCUUGAAGAAAGGAAACUAUGCGGAAAGGAUUGGUGCGGCGGCUGCUGUUUACCUGGCAGCCUCUCUGGAGUACUUGUGUGCGGAGGUCUUGGAGCUGGCAGGAAACGCGGCCAGAGACAACAAGAAAUCAAGGAUCUUACCCAGACACAUCCAGCUGGCAGUUAGAAAUGAUGAUGAACUCUCCAAGCUGUUUGAUGGGAUCACAAUUGCUGAUGGUGGUGUCUUGCCCAACAUCCACUCUAUACUUCUACCAAAGAAAACUAUUAGAGGUCCAGGGUCACAAGACUCAAGUAAAGUAGCAGAGUCUCAAGAAUUCUAG